AUGGGAGAGAGGCCCGCAGCGUCGCCAUUUCAGAAACCUCCGGGCGCCACAGUAAAAAUUAACUUUGCUGUUGUUCGUAUUACACCGAACGGUGUACAGCGACGAAGGUGGAACCUCAACAGCAGACCCCUGCCGUAUGAUAAGGCUGAGGCGGAUGAGGAGUCGGAGUACUUUAAUGCAUCCAAUGCCGUUGACAAACUCCCCCUGAAUGUCAUCAACAAUUACUUCUCCCUCGGAGCGGAUGCUGCAACGGCGUUGGAAUUUCACGAAUCUCGAGGUAAGACUCUCCAUCCCAUCCGACCCUUUUGA